CAGUGCCUGGGACUGGAGUAGUAGUAGUAGUAGUAGUAGUAAACCCAUGGGCCAAUGAUAUCAGUUUACAACUCCCUGGCAUGGGCACGUGCACAAAAAGCGACGUGUGAGUGUUACUGUUAUCUUGUGUCAUCUGCAAGGAUGUGGAAGUAAGCCGCUGACGGUCAUGGUCAAGCCCGCCAGAAGACAGGAAACUCAUUUCGGCACGUCAUUUGCGUCCAUGCCAUGCCAUGGUUCUCGAAUCGUUUGUCACUUUACUUUGAAUUUUCCAAUUGCGUGUGCCUUCUGGUGGCGUGCAGGUUGCGAGUGGCGUGUGUUGGCCUACUACCUUGACUGCAUCGCAAGGGGAGAGGGAUAACUAGCGUAUUGUGACUAUUGUCCCUACCCAGCACCCAAAUACGACGGCAGAAGACAGGGGGGCCGCAGACAAUUUGCUGCGUGCGUCGUAGCGAAUCCUGGACAGCGACUCGUUGGUUAUGUAGCAUUGAAGUUUGAACAGUAGACUUUCUGGCGGGUGGCGGCAUACGCUCCAUGUCCAGAACGGUACCUCAUUAUUAUCACAUGCGGACUGCUUGACCGGCCAAGGUUGCGCUCCGCUAAGCUUGAUUCACGAUACAGAGUAUUACGGGCAGGGAGUUGUACAAACCCGAUUACCUGGUGUCAAGGAGUGAAUGGCUCUGCAAAUCAGGAGAUAGAUAGUGCUCAUCGAAGGCGUGCUGCUGCCGGCCUGUAGGCUGUAGACUGCAGUGCAAUGCGAGUUGUUGUAACGCUGCCCAGAGUCAAAGGCCGCAUCGGACUGACGGUGUGCGGCGGAUCGCCGUACUACCGGUCCAUUUUCAUUGCCGAUGUCCACCUGAAAAGUGAAGCGGCCAAGUGCGGUAAAAUCUGGGCCGGUGACGAGAUCAUGUCGGUCAAUGGUAACUCUGUCAAGGGAUCAGGCAAGGAAUAUGUCAAUCGCCUGUUCAAAGAAUCUGAGGGUGAGAUUGUUCUGGAGAUGAACUCCUGGACAUUGGCCGACGAAACGAAGGGUCUUGACAUCACACUAAAGGCACUGAAGCACAGGAUGGUUGAGACAAUGUCGCAACACACGGUAGAUACAUUGGGCAUUUGCCAUGCAAUGCUUGUCAAUGACAAGCUAACUGUGCAACUGGACAGGCUGAAGCGCAUGGCACAGUUUUGCAAAGCGUUUGCACAUCAGCUGUGCCUAUUCUUGGCAGAGUUUCGAAAGCUUGCCACUAUACACCGAGAUAUGGCAGACGUAUUCUAUCAACUUGCACCGCAGGAGCGGCAGACCGAGGUGUCGUCAUCGUUCAUGCUCGUUGCCUCCAAACUGCGGAAAAUUGCAGACAAUGUGGAUGAGUGCAUACAGAAGUGCCUACAGACAUUGGAAUCAGUGCACACCUUGCUGUCCAAGGCACUGCCGGACACUCAGUUGACAGUCAACAAGUAUGCCGACAAGAAGUUUGAGUAUUUGGCGUACUGCCUGAAGGCCUACGAGAUGGAGACGUCGGAGGAGGAGAACUUCGCAGAAUACGAGCCAUGGAAUCCCAUCUAUUCGAUUUGGGAGACGGAUUACAGGGAUACCGUGCACUUGCGGCACAAACGGCGUUCGCAGUUCAACAAGAUGCGUACUGUUGUGUUUGACAAGAUCAAAAUGCUCGAGUGGAAGUUAGAUGGUGAUCUGCCCAUGCACAUGGAGACUGUUGGCGCUGCACUGCACGCGUUCUACGAAGCCGGAGCCAAGCUGAAUCAAGACUCGCUGGCUGUGUUCCCCAUCUCGUGCACUAUCGAAUGGAAUGCGGUCACCACUGAGUACGUCGAGCAGCAGAUGGCUCGCCUCCGUGCAUCAUCCUACUCAACGACUAACGGCGAUAGCCAUCUGGACAAUGGCGUUGAUAAUGGCGCUGGCAAUGGCAUUGAUGAGGAGGAGGAAGAUGAAGAGAGCAGUGAGACACAGCCCUUACACCAGUAGGUGAUGGGCGUCGUCAGCAUACGUAUGGUCCGACAAUGUCAUUGAUGAGGAGGAAGAUGAAGAGAGCAGUGAGACACAGCCCUUAUACCAGUAGGUGAUGGGCGUCGUCUGCAUACGUAUGGUCCGACAGUGGCAUUGAUGAGGAGAAAGAUAAAGAGAGCAGUGAGACACAGCCCUUAUACCAGUAGGUGAUGGGCGUCGUCUGCAUACGUAUGGUCCGACAGUGGCAUUGAUGAGAACGAGUAGGAGAGAGCAGGAGAUGCCAGUUACCCUCGCACCAGUAGGUGAUAGAAACGUGCCAGCAGAUGGCUCGUCACCACUGGUCACUGCUGCCAAGUCCUACACUACAGUAUAAGUUGUCUGCACAAGCUCUGCAGUUGUAGCUAGGGCAAUUUUAUCAAACUUGAAUUGAAUAUAUUUUGACAUUUAGAACUGCCACGUUUGUCUAUACCUUUCUAUCAUCACCACUGAUAGAACUAUCUUGAGAAACAAUUUGAAGAGAAUUAA